AUGUCUCAGCAGCAACAGAUUCGCCGCUUGGUGAUGACCGGCGCCGUCGCAGCCGUCACCGUAACCGGAGCUUGGUAUGGAGCCGGACUGAAGACACGCCAGGAGUUCAAGCAGGAGAGAAAAGUCGUCCUAGAAGCGUCCCCUGAAGAACGGAUAUCACAGCUCGAGAAUGCGCGCGCGAGACUCGUCACAAGGAGGACCGAGUUGGAGAAGAAGAUAUCCGAGCUCCAAGCCCGCCGCAACCAGAAUACUACGGAUACCCGGCCUGGAACUUGA